GCUUCUCCUCAUUUAUGUGCUGCUCGCUGCCCGGAGUGUGACUUGCUGCUGCAGCUCCUCUCUGUCUCUCAGCCAUGGCAUCAGGCAACAGGGAAUGGGACAGGGAAGACGACCUGCCAGUGUACCUGGCCCGCCCAGGCACCGCCAGCCAAGUGCCCAGGGUAAAGUACGGAGGGAUGUUCUGCAAUGUGGAGGGAGCUUAUGAAAGUAAAACAAUUGACUUUGACUCCCUGACCGUGGGGCAGCCCGGCAGGAGAGGCACCCCUAUGCGCCCAGGCAAUGCCAACAACCCCCAGGAGAAGAACAAUCAGAGCAGCAAUGAAGCUGAGCCCCCGAAAGUGGAGAUCAGCACCACCCCCGGCAAAGAAGCUCUGCAGAAUCUGGACGAGAAAGAGAGUGACCGACUUUUAAUCAAAGGAGGCCGGAUAGUAAAUGAUGACCAGUCUUUCUAUGCUGAUAUUUACAUGGAAGAUGGCCUUAUCAAGCAGAUUGGAGAUAACUUGAUUGUUCCUGGUGGAGUAAAAACCAUUGAGGCCAAUGGGAAAAUGGUUAUUCCUGGAGGCAUAGAUGUACACACCCACUUACAGAUGCCUUACAGAGGGAUGACCACUGUGGAUGAUUUUUUCCAGGGUACAAAGGCAGCUCUGGCUGGGGGAACCACCAUGAUAGUUGACCAUGUGAUCCCAGAGCCAGAAGCCAGCCUGACUGAGGCCUUCGAAAAAUGGAGAGAAUGGGCUGAUGGAAAAACAUGCUGUGACUACUCGCUUCAUGUUGACAUCACUCACUGGAACGACAGUGUAAAGCAAGAAGUGGAGGCACUUGUCAAGCAGAAAGGUGUUAACUCUUUCAUGGUUUACAUGGCCUAUAAAGAUUUGUAUCAGAUGUCAAACACUGAGUUAUAUGAAGUCUUCACUUUCCUGGGAGGCCUAGGUGCCAUUGCUCAGGUUCAUGCUGAGAAUGGGGAUAUCAUUGCCCAGGAGCAAAACAGAAUGCUAGAAUUGGGAAUUACUGGACCGGAGGGUCAUGUUUUGAGUCGACCAGAGGAGCUGGAAGCAGAAGCUGUUUUCCGUGCCAUCACCAUUGCCAGCCAAACUAACUGCCCACUCUAUGUCACCAAAGUGAUGAGCAAAAGCUCUGUAGAUCUGAUCUCCCAAGCCAGAAAAAAAGGCUAUGUUGUUUUUGGUGAACCAAUCACUGCCAGCCUGGGCACAGAUGGAACACACUAUUGGAGCAAGAACUGGGCUAAAGCAGCUGCAUUUGUGACAUCACCACCUCUGAGUCCAGACCCAACAACCCCUGACUACAUUAACUCCCUCUUGGCAAGUGGGGAUCUUCAGGUCACUGGAAGCGCACAUGCAACAUUUAGUACUGCCCAGAAGGCCAUCGGAAAGGACAACUUCACUCUUAUCCCUGAGGGAACAAAUGGAAUUGAAGAAAGAAUGUCUGUAAUCUGGGACAAGGCAGUGGCUACAGGCAAAAUGGAUGAAAACCAGUUUGUUGCUGUGACCAGCACCAAUGCUGCCAAGAUAUUUAACCUUUAUCCUAGGAAAGGAAGAAUAGCAGUCGGAUCAGACAGUGAUCUGGUGAUCUGGGAUCCUGAUGCAGUGAAAAUUGUCUCAGCUAAAAGCCACCAUUCUGCAGCAGAAUACAACAUUUUUGAAGGAAUGGAGCUUCGUGGGGCACCUCUGGUGGUGAUUUGCCAGGGAAAGAUCAUGAUGGAGGAUGGGACUCUUCAUGUGACUCAGGGAACAGGACGCUUUAUCCCUUGCAGUCCCUUUCCAGACUAUGUGUACAAACGCAUCAAGGCCAGGACCAAGAUGGCAGAGUUGCAUGCGGUGCCCAGGGGCAUGUACGACGGACCCGUCUAUGACUUGGCAUCCACUCCCAAAGCUGGUACUCCUGCUGGCUCUACAAAAGGUUCUCCAACCAAGCAGACCGCACCAGUCAGGAACCUGCACCACUCUGGAUUUAGUCUAGCUGGAAACCAGGGAGAUGAAAGUGGCGUUCGCUCUGCCAGCAGAAGGAUUGUAGCUCCCCCCGGUGGACGCUCCAAUAUAACAUCUCUCAGCUAAACACCCAAGUCCCAAAUUGAGAACAACUGGGAAAAAAACCAAAAUGGUACAUUUGGUAUUUAAGGAAAGGUUAACAGAUUAAUUCUUCAGAAUGAACUUGAUUUGACUUUUAUUAACCCUCAGGCCUUAUGUUUUACAAAUGCUUUUUGCUACCUAGCUUUAAAAGUGUUGCUUCAUUUUCUUCCAUAAUUGCAAAGCCUUCAUUUUCAACUCGUGCAUGCAGUUCAGUUCCCAGGGGGGCAUUGGAUAAUGGUUACAUUUGCCUAUUACAUUAUUUUCUUUUCUCCAAAGUGAGGCAUUGAACACACAUUUCUGGUGGGUGACUUCAUUAGUUGUGAAAAAUAAUGGGUCUUCUGUCAAACAAGCUCUUCUGUUUUUGUACAAGAAUUGCAAUAAAAUGAAGGUCCCAAAAAA